ACUUUUACUUCCUCGUACACUCAGAGAGGAACUGACCGUUGUGCCGCUGCUCGUCCUGUCAACACUUUACAUCCGCUUCAUUUCAUAACUGUUCAGUCAUGGUCCGGUAGAAGACGAGUGGGAGCGGUGCAGAGUCGAACGGAACCACUGGACCUGCGAGAUGGCUCAGGCGGCGCCGCAGGGCGAGAUGACAGAGUACAAGAAGAUUCUGAUCAAGCGGGACCUGGAGAUGGGCGUGGUCAUGACGGUGUUCCGCCAGAAGGCCGAGAGGCUGACGGUCCAGGUCAUAUUGGAGACCCGGCAGGUGGCGUGGACGCGCACCGCAGACCGGACCGACGGCGUCUUGGACCUGUGUGAAAUCAGAGAGAUCCGCGCCGGGAGGAACGCCAAGGACUUUGAGCGCUUUAAGGACGGCAAGGACAGACACGACGACAACACCUGCUUCACCAUCUUCUACGGGUCGCAAUUUGUGCUCAGCAGCCUCAGUCUUGGAGCUGAUACUGUGGACGAGGCUCAGAAAUGGCUGAUUGGACUGGAGCUGCUGAGGCAGGAGACACUGAUGGCCUCCACUCCCGUUCUCAUCGAGAGCUGGCUGAGGAAGCAGAUGUACUCCGUCAACCAGACCAAGACCAACAGCAUCUCCCUGAAGGAGCUGAAGGCUCUGCUUCCUCUGAUCAACUACAAAGCUCCCAGCUCUCGUGCCCUCAAAGAUAAAUUUCAGGAAGUGGGAGCAAAGAAGGAUCGACUGGACUUUGAGCAGUUUCACAAACUGUACAACCUUAUAAUGUUCGAACAGAACGAGAUCCUGGAUGAGUUCAAGAAGGAAUCGUGUGCCUUUAUCCUGGGCAACACCGACAAACCCGAUGCCUCUGCAGUUCUGCUCCACGACUUUCAAAGGUUCCUCAUCUACCAGCAGCAGGAAUUGUGGGCCAGCGAUCUGAACCAGGUCCGAGAACUGAUGACCACCUUUAUCGAUGACACCAUGAGGAAAACCAACGACCCGGAGUUCACCGUCAGCGAGUUCCUGAGUUUCCUCUUCUCUAAAGAGAACUCAGUGUGGGACCAGCGGGUCUCAGACAUCAGUCCCCUGGACAUGAACAAUCCCCUGUCUCAUUACUGGAUCAGCUCCUCACACAACACUUACCUGACGGGGGAUCAGAUUCGCAGCGAGUCAUCGACAGAGGCCUACGUGCGCUGCCUGCGUCUAGGAUGCCGCUGCGUAGAGCUGGACUGCUGGGAAGGCCCCGGGGAGCCAAUCAUCUACCACGGAUGGACGAGAACCACCAAGAUCAAGUUUGAGGAUGUGGUCAAGGCAAUAAACGACCAUGCUUUUGUCACCUCAGAGUACCCAGUCAUCCUGUCCAUAGAGGAGCAUUGCUCCAUAGAGCAGCAGCGUCAGAUGGCUCGAAUCUUUAGGGAAGUGUUUGGAAGCAAACUGCUGAUUGAACCUGUGGAGCAGAUGGCUGGACAGCUGCCUUCACCCACACAGCUCAGGGGCAAGAUCAUACUCAAGCACAAGAAGCUCAGUGUGGAGGGCGGAGGAAUGACUAAAGACCUGAGGAAGGGGCAGAAGCAGGGAGAUCUGGAGAUCUGGGAUCCUGUGGACCAGCGGUGGAACAAGCACUAUUGUGUGAUCCGUGAUGACAAGCUGUACUAUGCAGAAGAGGACGACGAGCAGGAUGAAGAUCCCAGGAAGUACCAGGACCUGCACCGUUCAGAGCUGUGGUUUCAUGACUGUAUGACAGAGGGCAGGACGAUGGCCGAGAGGCUGAUCCAGGAAUAUUGCUCAGAAACAGGGGGAAGAGAUGGCACCUUCUUGGUGCGACAAAGUGGCACCUAUGUGACAGACUUCACGCUCUCCUUCUGGCGCGGUGGGAGAGUCCAGCACUGUCGUAUUCGUUCGGGCUCAGAGGGAGGACACAAUUACUUCUACCUGACACCGAACCUGCACUUUCCCAGCGUGUACUCCCUGAUCCAGCACUACAAAGAAAACCCGCUGCGCUGCCACGACUUCGACCUGCGGCUCACUGACGCCGUACCGCAGCCCAACCCACACCUGAAAGAAGGGUGGUUCUACAGUAACCUGAGCCGAGGCCAGGCUGAGGACUAUCUGCUGAGGAUCCCCAGAGACGGAGCUUUCCUCAUCCGACAGCGGGAGGGAGAACCAGACUCCUUCGCCAUCACGUUCAGAGGAGACGGAAAGGUGAAACACUGCCGGAUCCAGAAGGAGGGCAACUUGUACCUGCUGGGCACCACCACGGAGUUCCAGAGCCUUGUGGAGCUGGUGAACUAUUUCAGGAAGAAGCCGCUAUAUCGCAAGAUCAAGCUUCGCUACCCGGUCACCCCGGAGCUGGUGGAGCGCUUCAGCACAAUGAAGGACUGUGCGUCUCUGUACGACGUGAAGACCUACGUACAACCCAACGAAAUCGAAGCACCACUGCCUCAAAGCACAGUCAAAGCUUUGUACAGCUUCCAGGCGACGAGGCCGGAUGAGCUCAGCUUUGGCAAAGGGGCACUGAUCCACAACGUGUCCAGGGAGAACAGUGGAUGGUGGAAAGGCGACCACGGCGGGAAGCUGCAGCUCUUCUUCCCUUCUAAUUAUGUAGAGGAAGUGUCCAACGCCUCCCAGGAGAACGCCAUGGCAGAGGACAUGGAAGACAACCCGCUGGGCGAACUGUGCAAAGGUGUGGUGGAGAUCUCCAACUGCAACAUCCAGAACUUGAAAAAUGGCAAGAACGGGAAGGCCCACGUUCUGACCCUGCAGGACAUGGACCAGGACAGUCUGCAGUUCGACCUGGCGGCCGACUCCGUGGAGGAGCUCUUUGAAUGGUACCAGGUGGCGUGGGACAUCGCGCAGAUGCAGAUGAGCAGGCAGUACAACGAAGAGCAGAUGAUCAGACAGAAGUGGGAAGUGGAGAAGAAGGCCGAGGUCGCCAUGGAGAUGUCAGACCUGGUGGUUUACUGCAUACCGCGCAGCAAAGAGAAGGACCGCUUCGACUCCUACACCUACAAAGAGAUCCGCUCCUUUGUGGAGAACAAGACUCCAGGGAAGAACCGCACCAGGGAAUUUGUGCAGUACAACCGCCAGGCUCUGAGCCGCGUUUACCCCAAAGGCCAGCGCGUGGAGUCGUCCAACUACGACCCCUACCCACUGUGGGCGCUGGGCUGUCACAUGGUGGCCCUCAACUUCCAGACUGCAGAUAAAUACACCCAGCUGAACAGCGCCCUCUUCGGCCUCAACGGAUGCACAGGCUACGUGCUGCAGCCAGAGUUCAUGCGCUCUGAUAGCUACGACCCCAACCAGGAGAAGAAGAAGGUCAAGUUCAGCAUAGCAGUCAGGGUCAUCGCUGCCAGACACCUGCCCAAGCCCGGCCGCAGCAUCGCCAGUCCGUUUGUUGAGAUCGAGCUGUGUGGACACACUGAGGACAAAUUCAAGACCAUCGUCUAUCGUGACAACGGUCUGAACCCGGUGUGGAAAGCCCCGUCGGAGCCCGUCGUCCUCACUGUGUUCGAGCCCGAGCUGAGCUUCUUGCGCUUCGUGGUCAACGAGGAGGACAUGUUCUCUGACCCCAACUUCCUGGCUCAGGCUACGUUUCCUGUCAAAGGCCUCCGCUCAGGUUACCGCUCGGUGCCUCUGAAGAACGGCUACAACGAAGACCUUGAGUUGGCCUCGCUGCUGGUUUACAUCAGCGUGCAGCAAGCAGGGAAAGCGGAGGAGGAGCUCUACUCGUCUUCCAGCCAGCUGAGGAAGAAGCAGGCGGAGGUGAGCAGCGAGCCCUUCCUGUACGACACUCACGCCAACAUUCAGAGCUCCAGCCUCCCUCGCCAGCCCAAUCCGCUCAGCAGGGAGUACAGCACCAGUGAGAAACACAGGACUAAAGAAAAGAAGGUAAACAACAGCAAGUUCUACUCCUGAGGACUCGGCUGAAGCGCUCCCCUGCACACGCCUCAGGCCGAAGCAGCGGAAGGAUUGUACAGCUUAAAGUUCUACUAUUUUGAUAUGGUUUUUAUUUUCUUAGCAGAAAUAAGAAGGAAGUAACAUUUUAUCAAACAGUUUUCUAUUUAUUAAAACACAACCAUAUAAUCUCUCCUAAAUUACAGUUAGCUGUGUAGUUAGCAUGUUCCCUUUACAGAGAGAUGAAUGUGUGAUUACACCUAGUGUAUGUUAGAAACAGGGACACAGCAACAGGUGCUAAACCAUGAACGUCUGUUCGAGUCUUUCUUAAAGACUUCACUGAAUCUGACAAAGGAAGAAGUAAACAGAGGCAGAUAGAUGUGGAAUAUUCCAAAAACUAGAUCCACUGGUACUGAGCAACAGGACAGGGUGGAAACCACAGCAACCAGUGAUUGACGCCCUGUGGGAGUGGGCAGCACCAGCAGCUUCCACAGAACAGGGGUGAAGGUGACCAGAAAUGAAGAAAUCAAUGAUCCAUCGCCAGACAUCACAGGACGUCACCAGAGUGAAAGAAGCUGCAAAUCUAAAAUAAAUCAAACACUCGUGGUGUCAAUGAGUCACAAGCACGAUGCACUAGGAUAUAAACAGAAUAUGAAGUUUUAUUACAUUUAUUUUUCUUCCAAACAAUGUUGUCAAAAACUAUUGUUUAAUUAGAAAGAAUUUUAUUUACUCUAACAUUAUUUGUUUUAUGUGUUUGAUACUUUAAUUAAAUACCGUAACCUGAAACAGUACGUUUCUCUUGUAGCGAUGCUUCGAUCCAUGACCUUCUGCAGCUUUUGUGUCUGCUCACUUCAUCUGCAUUAGUUGUGUCUAUCUGGUAUUUAUUUGGAUGUCUCUGUUAUGACGUAUGAUGACGUAUUUAACAUGCAGGCAGGCGUGAAGCUCCUAUAAUUAAUCUGUGUCCUCAUGAACUGAGUCAAUAAAGUCUGUUUUGCUUAACUACUGAUUCUACUGGACAAUCUUACUAAAUAAAACUAAAAAAACUGUA